AGUGAGAGGCGGGCAGUAGAAAGCCCAACCGCCCCCUCCGAACCCCUUCCUCGUGAGCGUUUCGGCGCCCGUGCUCUGGGUGAGGGCAGCGAGCGAGCGCCGCCAUGUCGGGGGACGUGGAGGAGUCCGUCCGCUCGGAGCAGCGGAAGAGCUCGGUCGCGGCCCACGACUCCGGAAUCGCCGUGUGUCGGCCGAGGGAGGGCGUGGAGCUGGACCCGACGCUGAUCCUCAAGACAAGGGAAGAACUCGAAAAC